AUGACUUAUUCCUCUACUACCACUACUACUGCCGCCUCUGCUAUCAACAGUACUACGGCUACUACUACCAAGCAACAGCAACAAGCAUCCAUCAGCAGAUUGACUGAACCAAAGAGAUAUACCAGAGAUCAAAUCAUGGCCAUGGCAAGAUGCGAAUAUGCUCGCCAAUUAUGCGUUUACACAAAAGCUCAGUUAUCGAAAGGCGAAGAUUUAAUGCUCUCUCCAUCCACAUCGUCCAACUCAGUGUCAACAAAUCCUGCUACACCACCUACAGCAAGAAUGAUAUGCUAG